AUGCGCCACUUCGACGCCUGGAUCCUGCGGGACCCCUACUCCAUCUUCCACUACUACUCAACAGGCCACCGCUGGAAAGAAACCGUCCGCGACCUGAUCCAGCAGCGCAAGAUCUGUGCACCGCCGGCUCUAGCCCUCUCCCUCGACCAUGGCGCCUCUACGACAUCCUCGCCCGCUCCAGUAGACCCUUACGCUCGCCCAUUAAACCCCCAAUCCGCAAGCCCAUUCCUCACAAAGCUACCCCUGGAGAUUCGCCUCAUGAUCUACGAGUACGCCUUUGGCGACGAGGUUGUCCACCUCGUCCAGCUAAAGGAUAAGAUCCGCCACGUCCGCUGCGAAAACACGACGUCGUCCCUCGACAAGAACCGGCGCUGCUGCCCGAGUACACCAGCCAGAUGGCGAGAGCAGGAUAAUUCACCGGCCACAACAUCCGUGCCCCAAAACACCAGCAUCAACUCGAGCAUGCUCUACCCACACACGCAUCCCGCCCUUCCUUCCUCCCUGAGCAAUUCCCCUGCCGCCCUUCUCCGCACGUGCCGGACUAUCUACGGCGAGGCCGCAGACAUCCUAUACACGAGCUCGACCUUUGACGUCGAUGACCUGACGACCUUUAUCGCAUUCUCCCUCUCCGUCUCCCCGCAGCGCCUGCGCUCCAUCAAGCGCCUCGCGAUCCAAUGGACACCCGUCUGGCAGCCCAUGGCUGGCGAAGAGCACAAGGCGUCCAUAUACUCGCACACGCACAACGAUAAGCUCUGGGUGCUCUUCUGGGCGCGGGUUGCCUCCCUUGACGGCCUCGAGGACCUCACGCUGAGUAUCGAUCUGGGCAGCUUUGCAGGCACACCACCACCACCGCCACCUGCACCUCCCGCCGCAGCCCAAGUCCAUGCUGCCGCUGCCCCGGGCACCCCUACGCAGCCAGGCAGCCUAAUCGGCGGGCACCGCCUGCGCCUCUCAAUAACAGAACCCUGGGUCGCGCCGGUACUCAGCCUCCGUGGCCUGCGCACCUUCGAGCUAGGCAUCACAGCGCGAUGCGACGCAGCAGCCAAGCAAGCGCUCGAAGGCGACCUCGUCCGCAACGCCGUGCGCUUUCGUGACCACCUGCGGCUCGUGCUGUGUUCUGCGCCGGGGGCGCCGCUGCCUGUUCUACCGGGGGUCAGCCGCGAGCAUUUGCAGGUGCAGGUUGAUUUGUUGAGGUGUGCGUUUGAGGGUGCGGAGGAGGUUGAGACUGUUAGUGGGGUGAGGGCGAGGCCGAGGUUGGCGAUUAUGGCGGGUUGA